AUGGACGCCGCUGCGGGACGAGUGGGGCGCAUCGCCUCCCAUCUACAGGGGGAGAGCCCGUCCCAGGAGGGCGUGGACAAUGCCCCCACCAGUGCCGACGCCUUCCAUUCCCAGUGUUACAACUACGAGCCCGGUCGCCUGUUGAUGAACCAGGUAAUCGGGGUGGCCAUCAUCACCGGGGCGGGGCAGGGCCUUGGCAAGGCGGCGGCCAUCCUGUUCGCCCAGCACGGCGCCAAGGUGGUUGCCGCAGACCUGGAGGGCGACAAGGCCCAGGCCACUGCCGACUUCAUCCGCAACUCCAACGGCGUGGCCAUCGCCUACGCGGGCGACGUGACCCACCCCGACUUCCCCGCCGGCGUGGUGGCCGCGGCGGUGGGCGCCUUUGGCGGCCUGCACAUCCUGGUCAACAAUGCGGGGUUCACCUGGGACGGCGUGAUCCACCGCAUGGGCGCCAAGCAGUGGCAGGCCAUGCUGGACGUGCACUGCACCGCGCCCUUCCGCCUCAUCCAGGCCGCCGCGCCACACAUGCGCGAUGCCGCCAAGCGCGAGAUCGAGGCCAGCGGCAAGGCGCGCCCGCGGUGCAUCAUCAACGUCUCCUCCGUGUCUGGGCAGGCCAACUACUCCACCGCCAAGGCCGGCGUGGUGGGGCUGACCAAGACGGUGGCGCGCGAGUGGGGCACCUUCAACAUCCGCUGCAACGCGCUGGCCUUCGGCCACAUCAACACACGCCUGGUGCAGGCCAAGGAGCGCGGCGACAGCAUCCUGGUGGACGGCGAGCGCGUGCCGCUGGGCAUCCCCGGCGCGGUGAUGAAGGGCGCCAGGGUGGAGGAUAUGGUGGCCCUGGGGCGCAAGGGCAGCCCCGAGGAGGCGGCCGGGUCCAUGCUGCUGCUGGCCAGCCCCUACGCCAGCUACAUCACGGGCCAGAGCCUGGAGGUGACCGGCGGCGGCUGGCUGUAG